UGGAGUCUUGUAGCCCAGGUCUUACCUGAAUCAGGAUGAGGGAGUGGUGGGUCCAUGUGGGGCUGUUGGCUGUGCCCCUGCUUGCGGCCUAUCUGCACAUCCCGCCCCGCCAGCUCUCCCCUGCUCUUCACUCAUGGAAGUCAUCAGGCAAAUUUUUUACCUACAAGGGACUGCGUAUCUUCUACCAAGACUCUGUGGGUGUGGUUGGAAGUCCAGAGAUAGUUGUGCUUUUACACGGCUUUCCAACGUCCAGCUAUGACUGGUACAAGAUUUGGGAAGGUCUGACCCUCAGGUUUCAUCGAGUGAUUGCCCUUGAUUUCCUAGGCUUUGGCUUCAGUGACAAACCGAGACCACAUCACUAUUCCAUAUUCAAGCAGGCCAGCAUCGUGGAGGUUCUUUGGCGGCAUCUGGGGCUCCCGAACCAUAGGAUCAACCUGUUGUCUCACGACUAUGGGGAUAUCGUUGCUCAGGAGCUUCUCUAUAGGUUCAAGCAGAAUCGACCUGGUCGGCUUACCAUCAAGAGUCUCUGUCUGUCGAAUGGAGGUAUAUUUCUUGAGAUUCACCGUCCUCUCCUUCUCCAAAAGCUUCUCAAAGAUGGAGGCAGGCUGUCACCCAUCCUCACGCGACUGAUGAACUUCUUCGUAUUCUCUCGAGGUCUCACCCCGGUCUUUGGGCCAUACACCCAACCCUCUGAGAGUGAACUGUGGGGCAUGUGGGCAGGGAUACACAACAAUGACGGGAACUUGGUUAUCGACAGUCUCUUGCAGUACAUCAAUCAAAGGAAGAAGUUUAAAAGACACUGUGUGGGAGCUCUUGCCUCUGUAUCUAUUCCCAUUCAUUUUAUCUGUGGGCCACUGGAUCCAGUGAAUCCCUAUCCAGAGUUUUUGGAGCUGUACAGGAACAUGCUCCCGUGUUCCACAGCGUCGAUUCUGGAUGACCACAUUAGCCACUGUCCACAGAUAUAGAGGAUCCCAUGGGCUUCUUGAAUGCAUAUAUGGGCUUCAUCAACUCCUUCUGAGCUGGAAAGAGUAGCUUCCCUGUAUUACCUCCCCUAUUCCCUUAUCUGUUGUGUAUUCCACGUAGCAAGAAACGCCCAUAAGAGGUCCUGGCCACCAAACACUAUUCUCUCACAA